CCUCCCCUCCCCAGUAAGGCAGAGUCAGUUGUUGAUUGUCAAAUGUCACUUCCAAGAUGGCGUCUUUGAGUGAUCAAGGAAAACUGAGAGAACUGUUUGAUCGAAUGACACUCGGUAUUGUGCGAUCCUUAGAGAAAAGGCCUGGUGUAACAGACGUUAGGCUGCUGGACAGAAAACCCGCAGAAAGUGGAAUCAUUGAUGCUUGGGAGCAGAAAAAUAUGUGUAUUCUACCAGAUGAUGUCAAAAGUUUCUACCAGACAACAAAUGGACUUUUAUUGCAGUGGUGUAUCAAGUUUGGGGGUAGUGUACUUCCUCUUGGCAAAAUGGAGAUCAACCCUGUUGCCAGCCUGGUUCCUCUUACAAAGGCAAGCACAACUAUGUGUGACAACCCAUCUCUGGCAGACAUUGACUCUGACACAGACGAGCAAGAUGAGAAUGGACAUGUAAAACCACAUUUUGACUCCAGAAGUAAACUCUUCGAACUUGACCCUUGCGACGGUUUUGGAAAAGUUUGCUUGGUGUACAAAGAUGUUAAAGCAGGUGUUACCAUCUGCAAGCCUGAAGUAUGGCUGCUGGACCGAGCAUUGGAGUGGUCGUUCAUCUCAAAUACUUUCUCUGAUUAUUUUCGCAUGAUGAUUAUGCACCUGGGGCUUCCCCUGUGGCAGUACAUCUUCAGUGAUGCAGGAAUAAGUCCUGAGACCAAGCAAUGGUUCAACUUAUACGCGCCAGUCCGACUUGCAGUAGACGCUGAAGGCAAGUCAAACCCUGCACCGCAACAAGCUAAUGAAGUUUCCACGGUAACCAACAAGCUAGACAUUAAUAAACUCUUCAAGGGGAAAUCAGAUAAGCAUCGGGCAAGGCCUCCACAGCAGAAGAAGCCAGCGACCUCAAGACCACAGAAUGUUAGCCAGAGGUUGGCAAGUACUCACAGUACUAGAGGUAUAACAAGAUGACAGCAAGCUUAGAGCCGACCACAAAACUAAAGAACGCGAGUACAGAAUGUGAGCGCUGGAUAGACAGUACUCGAGGAAUAACAAGAUGACAGCAAGCUUAGAGUCGACCACACCACCAUAGAAUAUGGGCGGCAAGUACAUAGAGUACUUGAGGUAUAACAAGAUGACAGCAAGCUUAGAGCCGACCACACCACCAUAGAAUAUGAGUGGCAAGUACAUAGAGUACUCGAGGAAUAACAAGAUGACAGCAAGCUUAGAACCGACCACACCACCAUAGAAUAUGAGUGGCAAGUACAUAGAGUACUCGAGGAAUAACAAGAUGACAGCAAGCUUAGAACUGACCACACCACCAUAGAAUAUGAGUGGCAAGUACAUAGAGUACUCGAGGAAUAACAAGAUGACAGCAAGCUUAGAGUCGACCACACCACCAUAGAAUAUGAGUGGCAAGUACAUAGAGUACUCGAGGAAUAACAAGAUGACAGCAAGCUUAGAGUCGACCACACCACCAUAGAAUAUUGGCGGCUAGUACAUACAGUACUUGAAGUAUAACAAGAUGACAGCAAACUUAGAGCCGACCACACCACCAUGGAAUAUGGGCGGCUAGUACACACAGUACUUGAGGUAUAACAAGAUAACAGCAAGCUUAGAGUCGACCACACCACCAUAGAAUAUGAGUGGCAAGUACAUAGAGUACUUGAGGUAUAACAAGAUGACAGCAAACUUAGAGUCGACCACACCACCAUAGAAUAUGGGCGGCUAGUACAUAGAGUACUUGAGGUAUAACAAGAUGACAGCAAGCUUAGAGCCGACCACACCACCAUAGAAUAUGAGUGGCAAGUACAUAGAGUACUCGAGGAAUAACAAGAUAACAGCAAGCUUAGAGUCGACCACACCACCAUGGAAUAUGGGUGUCAAGUCAGAAAAUCCUGCAUAGCAGUUUGUCUGGGAGUUGGCUUUCCAUGAACGCGCAAGGCAGCAAACAACGAAACAAAUACUCCAAACAAACGCCACUACUAGCCAAUCUAACUUAAUAUUCCAUUCAACAACCGAACUCAAUAAUAUCUUGUGAAUACAGCCUUCUCAAUGUAUAUUGAAUUAACACUUGCAUUUAAAACAUACAAUUCAUGUUCUUCGUGUUCAUAACAGAUUAUUUAUUUUUACAAAAUCUCCAGGGAACAGAGAAUUUACAAUAUUUCACUUAUAUAUUUUCUAUUGUAUUUGUAUUAAAUAUGAAUUAUUGUGAA